UUCCGCUUCCGUCUAAAAAUCAACAAAUUAAUAAAAUAUGUCAUUGAUACUUUUUCAUGAUUUGACGAUGUCAUGAUUUGAGGGGUCUACCAAUAUUUAAAAAAGAUGGCUUUAAAUAAAAAUUUAAGUGCCAAUAAACAAAUAAUAAGUUUUUUGAAUGAGAGAUCUGUGAAUUACGCACCGCGGAAAGAUGCGUUUUUCCGACAAAAGUUUUCAGAUCAGCACACUCUUUAUUCAAAAGACCUUGUUGGUCACUAUGGAUGCGUUAAUGCAAUCGAAUUUUCACAUGGAGUAGGACAAUACAUGUCUUCAGGAGGCGAUGACAGGCGUGUAUUAGUUUGGAACAUGGAGAAGGCACUAUCGGACAUAGGCAAGCCCCGAGCCAUGAAGGGAGAGCACCACAGCAACAUCUUUUGUAUUGCCUUUGACAUCCAUAACACCACCUUGUUUUCUGGAGGCAAUGAUGAGCAGGUGAUAGUUCAUGACAUUGCAACAGGUGAGACGAAGGAUGUAUUUUCCCAUGAUGAUGCUGUGUAUGGAGUGAGUCCAGACCCAACCAACCCCAGCGUGUUUGCCUCAGCCUGUGAUGAUGGACGAAUCCUCAUUUACGACACCAGAGACUCUUGUGCAGACCCGUUUGUGCUGGCUAACUACGCAUCAUCCAUGCACUCUGUCAUGUACAAUCCGGUAGAACCACGCCUUCUAGUCACAGCCAAUGCCAAGGAGGGGGUGGGACUCUGGGAUGUACGCAAGCCUCUCAGCUGCCUGUUGCGUUAUGGUGGCGGUCUGGUCCAGCAGAGCUGUAUGAGCGUCCGCUUCAACCAGCUCGGUGACCGUAUCAUUGCACUGCGACGCCGCCUUCCACCGGUCAUGUACCGUAUCCAUAACAAUGAGCCCAUCUGCGAGUUUGACCACAGUGGCUACUACAACUCCUGUACCAUGAAGAGUAUCUGCUUCGCAGGUGAUAGGGACCAGUAUGUAUUGAGUGGUUCUGACGAGUUCAAUUUGUACAUGUGGGCAGUACCAGAGGACCUUUCAGAACGGAUGUACAUCAACAGUGCCCACAUGGUGUUAAAGGGCCACCGUUCCAUUGUGAACCAGGUUAGGUUCAACCAAGCCAACCACAUUAUUGUCUCCUCCGGCGUAGAGAAAAUCAUCAAGGUAUGGAGUGCUUUCCCACUGUCCUCCAAAGCCCAAAACCUGGGGGCCCGCCGACCAGAGCGGCGGGUGUACUCUCACGAGGAAUACAUAAACCUUGUGCUCCAGGACGGUCAUGUGAUGUCACAUGACUACAGCCAAGAGUCGACAGAGGAAGACCCCCGCAUGAUGGCCUUUUUCGACUCCCUUGUGCAGCGAGAGCUUGAUGGCUGGAGCUCUGAUGAUUCCAUGUCAAGUCAUGAGGAGGCCUUGUACAGCCGUAUAAUGCAACUCUCCCAGUCUGACAUUGAUAGUGAUGACUCAAUACCUGGCAUGGAGGAUUUAGAUGACUCAGACACCAGUUACAGUCCAUUCACCAUCGCAUUUGCCAGUGUGAUGGCCUCCCAGGCUACGGAGGGAAAUGACCGGUUCCCAAACCUGAACAGGGCCUUGGAAAAUGCUGAGAGGGAAAGACAGUAUUCUAAUAUCAGUGCUAGUGAAGAUGAAGAGGACGUAGUUGAUACAAUAGACAUAGGUGUGGACAUUACGAACAUCCCUGCAAGUGCGGAGCAAGUGGCCACUGAUGCAGACAUAUCAGAGGCAAGUGCAGGGGCGAGGAACAGGCUAAGUGACUUGGUGAAAAGAAAGAAGGAGGAAAUGAAAACUUUGUUAAGAAAGAGGAUGCAGAAAUGUCGUAGCAAACGGCACUCUAGUCAGAAUAACAGAGAUAGUAAUAGUGAUAGUGAUGACUGUCCUUUCUCAAGUUUGAAUUUGGUUAUUGGUGAUCAAAAAUCAAAGGAUGAUGCAAGUGACAACAAAGCUAUGUUAGAAAACAAAUCCAGUACAGAUCGUGCUGUGCCAGAAAAAGAAAAGGAGGCAACUAGAAAAGAACAAAGAUUGAAAAUGUUAAAAAAUCUUCGCAAGCGCAUAUUGGAUAGUGAAUCUGACAACAGUGAUCUUGAAGCAAAUGAUAAAGUUCUGUCAUUAGAUGGUGCUGUUCAAGAAGACAAUGGGAUUUGUGAGAGGGUUCAGUUUAAGAAAAUUACAUUUAAAAGAAAAGACAUUCAGUCUUCACUCUCAAAAUCACACAGUAAAGAUAGGUCAAGUCCAGAUUUAGGACCGUUUAUCCAGAAAGCAUUGACAAAUGAUUCGAAAAGGUCCUCCAAAGAUGUUCAAACCUCUGGUAAGAAACAUCCCACAGACCCUAAUCUCUCGAGUAAAAGGGGAAAACAAAAACACAAACAUUACAGACAUACACCAAGUGAAAGCGAAAAUAAUUCCAGUGAUAAUCAAGAACGCGGCAGUGGUCGCCAUAGACACAGUGAUUGUCAUCAUAGAAACGCUGACAAGAAACACAGUAUGAUAGGGAAUCACAGAAGACACAGCGAGAAUGACCAUGAACGCCAAUCCGGUAAGAGAUCAAAUAAUGGUUCUUGCAACGAGCAUGGUCACAGUAGAAAGCGUCAUAGAUCUGAUUCGGAACACAGACAUCGCAGUCAUAGGAGAAGUGAGAGCAGUAAACCCUCGUCUUCUUCUCGCAAGAGUCAUAAGCAUAGACAUAGUCACAGAUCUGAACAUGGUUCUGGACACAGGAAACAGACAGAAUCUAGUUAUGCUGCGGAUUUGCUGGAACCUAGAAUUAGCCAUUAUAGCAAAACCAAAGAAACAUCUGAUUGCGAAAAUGAUGAUGAUAAGAAAAAGGCUGAAAUUCCAAGAAAAGAGUUGAAGAUUUCAGCAAAGAAACACAAAAAGGAUAAGACUGCACAUAUAUAUAGUAACUCAAACAGUAACAGCUCACAUGAAAGUGAUAAAAACGCUUCAGUUUCAAACAAUAUGAGUUACUUGUGUUCAAACAAUGAUGAGAAGACAUGUGAUGGAGAUCAUAGUAUAACAGAAAACCAAAGAAACAUGGUUAACAAGAACAAUCAGAAUAGUGUUCAGCCAUCUUGCUCCUACAGUAGCAAUGACAAGGAGAGGGUUAAUCAGGCUACUGGUCAGUGGCUGCAGGAUCAGCAGUGUGCUGCUGGUCAGUGGCCACAGGAUGAUGAUCAGUCUGGACAAAGCAAUACUGACCACUCGGCCACUGAGACCAGCGAGAGUGACCAUCCAACUUGGAUGGAGUUUAAGCGAUUUAAAAACUCACUUGAACGUGCCAGAAAAAGGUACAAGAAAGAUAGAAUCGACAAGAAGGGUCGGAAAGAAGAUGAUAAAUGACCUAGUGGUAUCGAUAAAGUGCAUUCUUAGCCAGUCUUUCACCACAUUGACCACAUAGUGGAGUGCACAUUAUUCAAAAUAGUUUUUUGUAUUAAAUAUCAAGGUGUUAGAUGCAGUUAUGCUAAAGAUUGAAUAUAUUGAAGACUUGUAAACAAAUUAUGUGGAAUGAUUUUUCUAAAAAUAUGAACUAAAAUAUAACAACUGUUAUAUAUGUCUUGCAUGAAUACCAUCAAAUGAUACAUGUGUAUGUUUGUUGUUAUUCUCUUUCAUCACUUGUAAAUUAUCAUAUAUGCAAAGCAAAAUACUUGAAAAGUUUAAUGAAAUAUGUUGUAUGAAAGAAGAAUAGAACUGUUAAUUGUAUGCCAACCAUUGUUAUGAUUUUAUGUUACGAUUUUAAAAGAUGAUUUUACCAUCAAUUAAAUGAGUAUAUAAGAAAAUGAAAUAUACCAUCUGGCAUCAUACUUGUUUUAUUAAAGUUAAUUAUAUAAAAUAUAUGAGUAUUUACACAUGUUCAUUUAUAUCUAAAAGAUAUAUUUACAUAUAUUUGGUCAUUAAUUUGAAAUGUAUUAAGACUGUUGUCCAUGUAUGAAAUAAAUAACUCUUGAAGAAA